AUGUGGAUGCGGCCCAUCUUCCUUGUUAUCGUCGCCUGUUUUCUGGCCUGGCACCCCGUCCGAGGCUUACCUCAGGUCGAAGAACCCCAGUAUCUCACCCGAUUGAAAGCCAAGCUGUUCGAUGAGAGGCUGAUCACCCUAGGUUCUGCCAUCGAGAGAAUCGAAUCGACAGAAGAAGGGCAAGCCUUCCUCUCCUCCUUCUACUCGGACGAAGAGUACACGAUCUUUGCUCCGACCGAUCAGGCGUUCAAAGGGUACGGCCUGGACUCUUCGAAUAUCCGGAAGGAGAACGCUUAUUGGCUACAAGAUGUCCUCAAGUAUCAUAUCACUACCGGGAAGACUCGCCUUUCCGAACUUCCCCCACCUCGAUCUCAUACGAUCCUCCACACUCUGUAUCACAACUACACCUCCGCCGCACCCGAUGCGAGACUGGACCAGACGUACGGUUUCUUACCAGGCGGGGACACUCGGGUGCUCGUCCUCGAGAAAGAUGUCGGGGAUGCGGGAAAUGCGUUGAUCAGGGGCGACACUUGGAACGUGACUACGGUUGACAGGGGGGUCGAUUGGGAAAAUCUGUUGAUCCAGAAGGUGGACCGGAUCAUCCCCUUCCCAUCCCCAUUCCUAACAACCCUCUCCGAGCCUCUCAUCUCCACAACGCCCGUCGGCCUAACAGUCUCUCGAUCUCUCAUCAACCUCCUGGAUGCGCAAAAUGUUUUCAAUGACGCCUCGGGGAUCACGGCGUUCUUGCCCGUGGAUGAGGAUGUUGCUGGGAUCUUGGGGGCGUUGGUAGGGAAAGAUAGAGGGUUACAGGGGAAUAUGCUGUUCAACCACAUUAUUAAUGGCUCGAUCCAAUACUCCACCGACCUCCUCCCCAGUAAAUCACUCAUCACCGCCCGGGGGGAGACCAUCAACUUUUUCCAGAACGACACCGGCACGUACGUGUCUAGCGAUAACAACGUCACUGCGAACGUCCUCCGUACGGAUGUGAUUACUAGUAAUGGGGUGAUCCAUGUGAUUGAUAAGUUCAUGGCCAACCCGGAUUACAACGGUCAAGCCGCCGCUUCUGCCUACUCGUCGGCUGUUCAAUCGGCCUCGGCUGCUGCAGCGACGGUGACAGUGCCUGCUGAAGCGACCGCCACGGCCAGGCAAAGGAACAGGGCCUCGUCCUCUCGUGCCCAGCUUGACCUAAUCAUCUUGAGCACGACCGGCUUGAUGAUCUUGGCUGGUGUUACCAUUUUGGUCUGA